UCUCUUCUCUCUUCCCCUUCCUGCAAUCGGAGAGACAGAGCUCCUUCUUCUUCCUGGUGAAGAAUAGCGGCCGAGAAAGAUGAUACCGCAGAAAUGGACGUCUCCAUGCGGAAACCAAUGCACUCAGAAAUACUCAGCGCUGUUGCAAAUUCCAUGGAGAGUGUUUUGCAAAAAGGGAUGUGAUUCUGAUGCAGAGACAUGGGAUGAAUGCGUGGAAGAGUGUGAGGAGAUAUGCUUCAAGGAUCCUGUACUUAAAGACCAGCAGUGGAGUGCUUAUAUUGAUCGUUCUCCUGGAGCUGCCAGCCACUCAGAGGAUUGUUUUCAUGCUUGUGUGGCUGGCUGUGGUUAUAAGGUUGGUUUGUACUCCUGAGUUUGAAAUAUUGUAAAUUUUUCUUCCCUUUCUUCACAGGCAUUUUUUCCUCCCUUUCUUCAUUGGCAUUGUUAUGGUCCUUUAUAUGCUUGCAGUUUGACAUUCUCCAAGAGAAAGUUGAUCAAGUUAAGCCAUGCAGGCCACCCACGCCUCCUCCCCCUGUUAAGAAACCACACCCUCCAGCUACCAAACCAAAUGAACCCACUGAAGAUGUUCCUUCCACGUCUGCGUAAUCAGAGGCAAAAGAGAUAAUCUACAACUAAGUCAUACUCUCCGUUAGCUAGGCAUCUUAUAGUUUACUUCAUUUUACCAUGAUCAGCAGGGUAUCAGGCUUGUUUUAUAACAGAAGCACCCUUUUUGCUCCUUUAUCUUGUCCCUAACCAGAUUCCUUAAGCUCCAGAUAAAUCGUUUCUCAACUGGAGUUUUUAGUAGCAGACUGCUGACAUAGAUGUAAUUAGAUAUACCCUCCAAUUUUGUUGGCAACUUGGAGGUUUGGUGAAUUUUUUGUUUUUCUGAUUUCCAAAAUAACCAAUAGAUGUAUCCACUUAAAUUUUAGUGAAAAACUUAUGCAGGAUUUCUUCUUUGGAUAAUCGAGAACCAUAUUAGCUUGAUGUAGCCAUGGGGAAUGAAAUAACAUACUGCAUUAGCG